AUGAGCUUGAGCGUGGAGGCAUCUCCGGCGUUCCAAGCAACCACGGAAACGGGUACCUUAGCCAGCGUAUCACCAUCCUUGUUGCCCAGGGCUCCACCACCAUCUCUGUCCAACAGAAUGAGCAGGACAUCCGAACUACGCGCAUCGCUGGUAGCAGCAGCAGGGGCAGAACCUGCUGCACGUGUUGCUUCGUCUCGCACUGGACGAAAAAGUAGCUUGACGUUCGAUGAGCUGCUGGUGGGGUGCAUCGCCAUGUUGGGAGUUCCGGGCGGUGUGCGGGCGCGAGAAAGCCUGCGACGCGUUCUCAAGGCCUGGUCGGAAGAUGGCGACAGGCACGACUGCGAUGACGGCUCGAGGAGACCAACGGAAGCCGCGCGGCCGCGAAGAUCGAAGCAGAGGCCAUCAUUGCCAUUGGAAGCCAGGGGCGGAACUUCGAAUUUUACGACUACGGCGGCAGGGCACAGCGCGACCGAUAGAAGUUCCUCAUUGUUGGCCGUCCGUGGUAAUCAGAUGGACUCGUCGGCGAACAAUGAUCGGCGGCUCGCGGUGGCGGAGGCGGCUGCAGCCAGAUGGGAAAAACGAUACAACCAGCAAGCAUCAGCUACGGAAAAGGCAUUACUCGAGACGCGAAACGCCAAGAUCUCUCUGCGAGAAGUGGAAAGAGUGCUGGGAGAGGAGCGCGCCGACGCGGCGAGAGCUGCUCGUGAAGCGGCUGAAGCAGCGGCGGAAGCUGCAGAAGCCCUGCGAGAACGCGCGGACGCCCAGGAUGAGAAAGAGGGGGGACUGACGUCGGCGUUAAGCGAGUCCGUGGCACACAGUCUACAGUCAAUGGCGGUUCGCGAGCGAUGCGAAAAGCAGCUACGGCAGCGUCUGCAGCUCUCUCAGGCAAAGCUCGCCGAAGCUGAGACGGAGAUAGGAGAAUUGCGCAAGGCCGCCAAGGCGGCUGAAAAGAACCGGUCGCUUCAGCCGGUGGUCGUUAGUCUCGGGGAGAUUCUCAAGGAGUGUCUUGCGAGCAUGGGAAUAGUGCGCGGUGUGCCAGACGGAGAGUUCCAUGCGAUGGUGUCGGUAUUGCGCGACCGAGCCGAGAAGGCGGCCACAGGAUUCCUAUCAGUCGAGGGCCUUCACGCUGCUGCCGAAGGGGCGAGGGCUCUAGAUGCCAUUAGAGAUCUCAGGGUACAGCUACAAGAAGCGUUGCUGGACGCUAGCCGGCAGCGAGCCCGCAGGGUGUCUGCGGACGCUCGAGUCAAGGAGAAGGAGACGGGCGAGAUGGAGAGGACUUUUGGGAAGGACGAGCUGCUCAAGGCGCGUAAGGAGACGGGCGAGACGAGGGCUCGCCUGGCAGUUGCAGACGCGGAGGUGAAACAACUCAAAAAGUCCCUUAAGGAAGAGCAGGAGAGAUCGGCGGCGGCAUGGGCUGCCACUCGCCAUCGCUCCGCACCGAUAGCAGACGUCCGAGGCAUCUUUGACGAAGGUCAUCGCCUAGUGCAGGAAAAAAUGAAACUAAAGGCCCAGCAAAUCCAACAAGAAGUGUCGCAAAUGCAGCAAGACAUCUCCGAGGCGAGGUUACGAGAGGUUCAGGACGCACAUACUAUUCCGCCCAUGUCGCGAGCACGACCAGGAACAACGAGCUGCAGCACGUAG